AUGUUCAAAAGGUUUUUAUUUUUACAACCAACAUCUUGCAUUUUUAUUACACACUUUUCAUAGCUUGGCAGACUUGAAAAGAUUAAAUACAAAAGUAAAAUGAAAAAAAAUUAAAUAAAAAUUGAGAAUUCCCUCAACAAUGAUAUAGACUAGUUUAUUCUUUUAAAUCUUAAUAUCGCUUUGAUAAAUAUCGUGGAAACAUGA